ACCCAUCGCGCGCCCCCGGAAUUUGCUCUUCGGGGCCGCGCACGCGGCCACUCGGCAGCGCGCUCGAUAGUCUCUGCCCUAAUGCGGGAGUCUGGGAAGGAAGGCGCUGCAGAAGGAUGGGAGCUGUUCGGUGAAGCGGCGGGGGCAGCCAAGUCCCCUAGCUCGGCGGCUGGUUCUGAUCGGGAAUAGGGUAUUUGGGGCAACCUCGAACCAGCCUUCCAGACGAGAAAGGAAAAGGAAGCUCAACGGGAACGGCGGUAGCGGCUGCCGGCCAGGCUGUUCAGUAUUAAAUCGGGACUAAGAUAGAAGCAUUUAAAUCAAUAUCCAGAACCAUAGUAUUCAGUAAUUCCAAACAUAUCAGUAUACUUCAGCAGUAAAGGUGCCACUUUGUCUUCUUGGAGGAAACUGAGGACAUAGAAUCUUAGCCAAAUAUUCAACAUGAUAACUCAAAGGUAUCUCCUAACCUACAUGGUCGUGGUGCUCACUUCAUAUCUUCAUAACCUCAUCAGAGCCAUUGAAGUCCCACGGGAUCCAAGUAUUCAAGAUACAUUGCCUCAGCCUCCCACAAUUACAAAGGAGUCUGCAAAGGAUUAUAUUGUAGAUCCAAGAGAUAAUAUAUUCAUUGAGUGUGAAGCAAAAGGCAACCCCACGCCCACAUUUUCCUGGACACGAAAUGGCAAGUUUUUCAAUGUUGCAAAGGACCCUCGAUUAAGCAUGAGGCAUUGGUCAGGUACACUGGUAGUUGACUUCCGCAGUGGUGGGAGGCCAGAGGAUUAUGAGGGAGAAUAUCAGUGUUUUGCUCGGAAUGACUAUGGAACAGCUAUCUCCAACAAAAUAUUCCUGCAUGUUUCAAAAUCCCCUUUGUGGCCAAAGGAAAAUUUGGACAUUCAAGAGGUUCACGAAGGUGCUUCACUUAUCUUGGCAUGCAAUCCCCCACCUGGACUACCACCCCCUGCUAUCUUUUGGAUGAGUAGCUCCAUGGAGCCAAUCCAUCAAGACAAGCGCGUCUCUCAAGGGCAGAAUGGUGACUUGUAUUUCUCUAAUGUCAUGCAGCAGGAUGCUCUGACUGACUAUAGCUGCAAUGCUCGCUUUGCUUUCACACAUACCAUCCAGCAGAAAAAUCCUUACACCCUCAAAAUCCUGACCACCCGAGGUAUUGCAGAAAGGCAACCCAGCUUCAUGUACCCUAUUGGGACCUCAAGCAGUCAGACGGUGCUAAGAGGAGAAGACCUCUUGCUGGAAUGCAUUGCCUCAGGAGUUCCAACGCCAGGUAUCAUGUGGCACAAAAAGGGUGGUGAUCUCCCAUCAGGCAGGAUCAAGUUGGAAAACUUUAACAAGGCUCUUCAUAUUGCAAAUGUUUCUGAGGAAGAUUCUGGGGAAUAUUUCUGCUUAGCUUCCAACAAAGUGGGCAUUAGUCGCCAUAGUAUCUUGGUGAAAGUGAAAGCUUCCCCAUAUUGGUUGGAUGAACCAGAGAACCUUAUUCUGGCUCCUGGUGAAGAUGGAAGACUGCUUUGCCGUGCCAAUGGUAACCCCAAACCUUCAAUUCAGUGGCUUGUGAAUGGAGAACUUCUAGAAAGUUCUGCUCCCAAUCCCAGCCGUGAAGUUACUGGAGACACCAUUAUGUUUCGGGACAUCCAGAGUGGCAGCAGUGGUGUAUAUCAGUGCAACGCUUCUAAUGAACAUGGGUAUCUGUUAGCCAAUGCAUUUGUUAGUGUGUUGGAUGUUGUUCCUCGGAUCCUUGCCCCUCGUAACCAGCUGAUCAAAGUGAUUCAGAACAACCGGACUCUUCUUGACUGUCCGUUCUUUGGAUCCCCAAUCCCCACAUUACGAUGGUUUAAGAAUGGCCAGGGAAGUACACUGCAUGGUGGCAACUAUAAAGCACAUGAGAAUGGAACUUUGGAAAUCAUCAGGGCUCGGAAAGAAGACCAGGGAACUUACACCUGUGUGGCUACCAAUCUUCUGGGCAAAGCACAGAACCAGGUUCGUUUGGAAAUAAAAGAUCCCACUAGGAUCACAGAGGGACCCAAAGAUGCUAUACCAAAGAAAGGUUCCACGAUUCACUUAAUGUGCCUGACAAGACAUGACCCCACAUUACGGCUUACAGUUACCUGGCUUAAAGAUGAUAUUCCCCUCUACUUUGGAAACAGGAUGAAGAAAGAAGAAGAUGGUUUGACUAUACAUGGAGUAUCAGAAAAAGAUCAAGGAUAUUAUACCUGUGUGGCUAGCACUGAACUAGACAAGGAUGUUGCCAGAGCCCAUCUCACUGUACUUGCUCCUUCUUCUGUUAACCGUAUGACCCCACCCGCAGCACGUCCAGAACGUCCCCGUGACCUUGAACUAACAGACCUUGCUGAAAAGAGUGUGCGGUUAACUUGGAUUCCUGGUGAUGACAACAACAGUCCAAUCACAGAUUAUAUUGUGGAAUUUGAGGAGGAUAAAUUCCAACCUGGAACUUGGCAUAACCAUUCCCGUUACCCAGGAAAUGUGAACUCUGCCAUCUUGCGCCUUGCACCCUAUGUCAACUAUCAGUUCCGAGUAAUAGCUGUGAAUGAUGUAGGAAGCAGUUAUCCCAGUCUGCCUUCUGAACGAUACCAUACAAAUGGGGCACGCCCAGAAUUUAACCCUUCAGGAGUUAAAGGAGCAGGAACAGCAAAAAAUAAUAUGGUUAUAUCAUGGACGCCAUUAAAUGCAACUCAAGUGUAUGGCCCCAAUCUUAGAUACAUUGUGAAAUGGAGAAGAAGAGACACACGGGAGAGUUGGAACAACCGAACUGUAAAGGGUGAUGUCAGUCAGUAUACCGUCGCACCAACACCCAUCUAUACACCAUACGAGAUCAAAGUACAAGCUUUAAAUGAUUAUGGGAUUGCCAUGGAACCAGACAUCGUAAUUGGCUACUCAGGGGAAGAUUAUCCUAAGGCUGCCCCUACUGAUAUUAGGCUCAAAGUUGUAAACAGUACAGCAAUCAGCCUUCAAUGGAGUAAAGUGUACCCAGAAACCAUCCAGGGACAGCUCAAGGAAUAUAGAGCUUAUUACUGGAGAGAAAGUAGUUUGCUGAAGAAUUUAUGGGUCUCUAAGAAAAAGCAGUCUAUGGGUUUUAUUGGAGAACGGACACGGGGCAUAGUGUCCCAGCUGUUUCCUUACAGCAACUACAAAUUGGAGAUGGUUGUAGUCAACGGGAGAGGAGAUGGGCCUCGGAGUGAAAUUCUGGAGUUCACAACACCUGAAGGAGUAUCCAGUACCCCAAGGCAUUUCCGAAUUCGUCAGCCAAACUUGGAAACUGUCACCUUGGAAUGGGAACAUCCUGAACAUCCCAAUGGCAUUCUUAUUGGAUACAGUCUUAGAUACCAAGCCUUUAACGGAUCCAAAACUGGCAGAACAAUGGUAGAGGUCUUCUCUCCUAAUCAGACAAAGUUUUUACUUCAGAGGACGGAUCCUAUCUCACGCUACAGGUUCAAUCUGCGUGGCAGGACACAGAUUGGAGAAGGUGAGCCUGCCACAGGGGAAUCUCCAAUUCCACUGAAUGAAGUUCUUCCAACCUCAGAUGUUCCAACUGUGGCCGCAACCACCAUUUCAGAAACUACUGUCCCAACCACCAUUACUGAAGUUGUAACGACCACCACAGAAGUUACAACCACUACCACCACAGAAGCUGUAACCACCACUACAGAAGCUGCAACCACUACAGAGCCAGCAGUCAUCACCACACUUGUUGCUAGUACAAUAGCUGGUGUUGGAAAGCUGCCGCCUAUCUGGAAUGUAAAAAUUUCAUCUAACAAUAACUGGGCAAACAUCACCUGGAACCAUGCAUUUGAUGCUGACACUGAAUUUGUGGUUGAGUAUAGCAACAGUAACAAAACAGUGAAAUCUUCCCCUGCUAAAGGUUUUCUGGAGCUGAGUGAUCUGAUUCCUGGUGAGAAGUAUAUAGUGCGGGUUUUUCUCAAAGGCAAUGAAUCUGUCUUCUCAAGUGAAACCUUUCACACAAGUCCAGCCUAUACUAAGAAUCAAGGGGACAUUGCAACUCAGGGCUGGUUUAUUGGACUGAUGUGUGCCAUCGCUCUCCUGGUCCUGAUUUUGCUGAUAGUUUGCUUUAUUAAGAGGAGCAGAGGAGGAAAAUAUCCAGUGCGAGCAAAUAAAGAUGUGCCCCUGGAUCCUGAUGACCAGAAGGUAGAUAAUGGAUCAUUUGAUUACAGAUGGGUCCUGCAUUCAAGGUUUACAUUUGUUUCACCUUUACUUCCAAGGAACUGAAACAGGUAACACUGCUACCACUUGCUAAAUUAACCAUACAUUGUGAGUCUGUGUAAUUUGGUGCUUCAGUCCCUUGCUUGCUAUUAAAACAAACAAACAAACAAGCAAACAAAAAUAAAUGUCCAGCUAUUCUAAAACUGUAGGAUGAUUUAUUCAAAAUACAAUUGCUAUCCUCACAAUUUCAGUACUCUUAUUUUAUAACUAACAAGAAUAAAAAUGAUAAAAAGGCUUUAUUAAAAUUGCAGUACAAGGUCUGGCACUGUGUAAUAUGAAGCUGUAUAGAGAAUUGCCUACAGGACUUUGAAAAAACAGCAGUGUGUAAAUCUUGUAGUGCCAAAUCAUAUUAAUUAAACUACUUGGUUAAUUUGAUAGCUAUGUUGGCCGUUAUUAGAGUUGCUCUAAUAACGGCCAUUCCAAACUUGUUCCCUUCCAGGGUUGGUUUUAAACAGUGAAGUUACAAUUCCAAAAUAUAUUAUGAUUAAGAAUUCUUCAGGCUACUUAAAGCAAAAUAAAAACUAUUUUGGGUCCAUUUAGUAGAUUGAGUAAAUCUGGGAAACACUAUAAACCAUUAAUGAAUUACCUAGAUGAAAGUAUACUCAAGUAUUCUUAGUUAACCUGAAAGACACUAUCUUGACUCAUGAGAUGUGAACAAAUGAAAGUUGCAAAUAUAAUGUUACAUUAUAGCAAAGGACACCGUAGCACAAAACGGAUGAAGUGUGGAUAAAGAUUCCUUAAUACCAGCCAUCAAAAAGGUUGACCCUGAGAGGAAUCCUCACUUUGCAGGAGUAUUUAGCAAUGUGAAUACUGUAUCAUGCUUCUCAGUCUCAGUUGCUGAUAGGGAAUAUUUUUAGUUAUGAUUUGCUUGGUUUUAACUGUUUUAUUUUUAAUAUUCAUUUGGAUGUUUUAAACUCUUUAUAUCAUGCAAAUCACCAGCAGUUAAUUGGUUACAACAGGAUAUUAAUGGAAUGAAUAAGUAAAAUUUCUAGAGGACAUGGAUAGCCCCUAUUCUUCUUUUUCGUUUUUUUUUUUUACUGUGGGAAAAAAGCCACAUUGUAGUCUUCCUCUUCAGCUAGAGCUGAAUAUAGUUAUGUUAUUCUGCUGAUGGAAACAUAUUAUUAAAACCUACAUUUUCCCUGUACAUAUUCCAAAUCUACUCGUGGAGUGUGUGUUUGUGUGUGUCAAAGGAUUCCUUGUAUCAGAAUUGUACACGACAAAAUAUGAGAGUGAAGAAAGGUCCAAUUUCAUCAGCAGAAGUACUCUAACUUAACCAUCUUCUUUCCAAAACAUAGUUAAACUUGCAAGUGAUGUUAUCUUGCUUCUUAAAAAAAAAGAAUAAAAUAUUCUUGAAAAAAAUGCACGUGGAUAAAGUACAACAUUGUAGCUUCAGUUUAUGGCAGAAUAAAGAUUGGGUCAGUGACAUAGAACCAGUUCUUAACAUCAAGAACUGCCUGUCUUGACUAAUUACUGAAGUAUUUUUAUGAUUGUUUUUGUUUUUCCUGAUUAUUAGGAAUCUUUCUUUAACAGUAAAAUCUGGGCUGAGUUGAAUAUUGAUCUAUAGCAGUGAACUGGCUGAAUCAUUUUAUUUUACAAAUAUCAGUGUUAUAUGUGCAAGAGAAAAAAAAGCUGUGAUAUAAAAUAUUAUGCUUUCUUCCACUGGAGCCCUGGAAAAAAAGCUUUUCAGUGUUUUUUUCCCAAAACAUGGCUGCACAACUUAAUGCAGGGUAUUAAAGAACUGACACAUCACAAGAAAUCAGAAUAAAAGAGAAAAUGACUAGCUGACAGAAAAAUGUGGCUAAUUAAGAUUCAUGGCCAUUGAGAUGUGACAGAUAGCUUUUUAAAGUGAACAGGAUAUAAGCUGGCAUGUUUUCUUUAUUUGUUCUCUUCCUAAUUUACAGAAAUAUGUCUGACACACUCUAAUCAUGUCCUUCAGAGCUGUAAAAGUGUAUGCAUAGAGCAUGCCAAUGGCUACAGGCUAUAAUUAAGGGAUAUACUGUCAUUUCUUUCUACUCUGCUGCCAGACUAAUAGUCUCCUUACAAGAGGAAUAAACUAUAAAAUCUUUAGCCAUUAAUAGCGCUCAUUCUAUUAAACAUUUGACAAGAGAGAGGGAGAGAGAGAGAAAAGGAAAGGGAACAACUAAAAUAUUAUACCCAUUGUACUUGUUCCAGUCUUCCUUCUCCUUUCACUCUUCAUAUUUUAAUACAGUAUAUCUCUGCCAGGCUCCAAAUCAGCCUAAUCCUGGUAUUUUCAGUUGCAGCGCCAAUUUCAAGACAUAGAAAAUAAUGGUGAUAGUGAAUGGUGAUAGUGAAGCCAGAACAUUAGCAUUGCUUAUUAAAGGCUAGAGGACUUAUUUUCACCCAAUCUCUUUUGUUUCCUGAUUGUUGAUAAGUGAUUUCAUAUGAACUCAAGAUAGCAUUUCUGCACUCCAAUGAUUUUUGUUAUUACUUUUGGGCACCUAGAUGGAAAUAUUCUGAUAAGAUCUGUUACUUAAUUUUCAGGACUCUUCCUCCUCAUAAUGCUAAUCAUUCCUGUUUUCUUUAAAGGAAGAUGGAGAGUCUGUCUAGAACUCAACGAAAAUGUUCUAAAAAACAACUAAUGUGCUUUUUUCCUGUUUACCACUUUAUUUGUAUAUGAGCAAAUUUCUAUGUGAAUAUACAAAAGAGGUGAGCUUUCCCCUCUAGACCUAUGAUAUAUACUUCCCUUCCAAUCUGCUCAUCUUAAACUCUCUCCAUGUAGGAAACUCCAGCACAUAUUUCUUUUUCAUCCUCCUUCCUCUUUGGUCUAUUUUUAUCUAAGGCUGAGACCUUUUUUUUUUUUUUUUUUGCAAGACCAUGUUUUGUUUUACAUCUCUGAGAGAAUGUGACUGAUUAAAGCCUUUAGAUAUAAUGGUUUGUUUAGUUGGAGUAGAAGUGCUAGAAUGGGGACAUGUCUGGGGUGGCAGUGAGAGCCUGCCACCAUGCUCAGGUUUGAGAGUGCCCACAUGAGGAGGGAGUGGGGUAUCAUUGACAUUUAUCAACAACUAGUUUUUUUAUGUUAUUGUACACAAUUAGCAGUUUGUGUUUUAAAUUGGCUUUCAUUUGGUACUUUAAGAUGCUUAGCCCUUCCAGAAAGAAAUAAUUAUUUACUACUAUUAUUAUUUAUUUAGCAUUGAUCCCUAAAAUUCAAAUCUAUAUUAUUUUGCUCUCUGAUCAGGCUCUUUUUGCUUCUUUCCUUGUUUUAUUUUCAUCUGUUCUUGUCAUUUUCACCUUAUCCUUCU